CUAUCAGCUGUUGUUGUUAUUGACAGUGACAGUUUGGGGAAAUUAAAUGUUUUCAUUCCACCCAUUCAUAUAGUUUACACUGUGCAUUUAAUUAUAGUGUUUCGUUACGUGGAGAUUUCGGACUACAGUGAUAUUUAUUUAACGAUUAACAAUGUGUAGUCUGAAGGCCAGUAACUCAGUUUGAGUAGACCAGUGUUUCAGUGAAUCGGUUGUGGACAAUGUAAAGUUACUUCACUGCGUCAAAGUAAGAAUGGCCGACGGUCUUUCGACCGCCGACCGUAUUUGCCGUAUUUCCAGCAAUAUGAAGACCCCGGUUGGGCCCCGCGUGGUAACCAUCAAUAAAACGGAAACAGGUUUCGGCUUUAACGUACGCGGGCAGGUGAGCGAAGGUGGGCAACUUCGCAGCAUCAAUGGAGAACUAUACGCCCCCCUUCAACAUGUUAGCGCUGUACUGGAUCAUGGGGCCGCCGAACAGGCUGGCAUCCGCAAAGGGGACCGUAUUCUCGAAGUAAAUGGGGUAAAUGUUGAGGGCUCCACUCACAAGCAAGUGGUGGAUCUGAUCAAGUCAGGUGGCGAUGUUCUGAAGCUGACUGUUAUCUCAGUCACCCAGCAGGAGGCUGAGCGAUUGGAGCCUACAGAAGAGAGCCAAGUGUACUACGAUUACAGCGAGAAGCGAUCUUUACCUAUCAGUAUUCCGGAUUAUCAUUACAAUGAAUGGGGUGGCGAGCGGUAUGUUGCGUUUAACAUUUACAUGGCUGGGCGCCAUUUGUGCUCGCGAAGAUACCGGGAAUUUUCCAAGCUGCAUCAAGAUCUGAAGAAGGAAUUUGUUGGGUACAAUUUUCCGAAACUGCCUGGAAAAUGGCCGUUUACUUUAAGUGAACAGCAACUGGAUGCCCGUCGAAGAGGAUUAGAACAGUAUUUAGAAAGAGUCUGUGCAGUUCGGGUAAUUGCUGAGUCAGACAUCAUGCAAGAAUUCCUUACCGAUCCCGAUGAUGAAAGUAAUAAUAUUCCAGUGGAUUUGAAGGUAUUGUUGCCAGAUAGAGAAGUGGUAACAGUAACUCUGAAACGAAGCGCAAAUGCUGAUGAAGUAUACGCAGCUGUAGUGAAAAAGAUUUGUAUGAGCAUAAAGAUGACAAAGUAUUUUUAUCUUUUCGAGAUCGUCGAAUACAACUUCGAACGGAAACUGCAACCAACAGAAUACCCUCAUAACUUGUACAUUCAGAAUUAUAGCACGGCCACAAGUACAUGUCUCUCUAUUAGGAAAUGGCUUUUUUCGAUACAGAAAGAGCUCACUUUGAUGACGGAUGUCCAAGCCACUUCUUACAUUUUUUGGCAGGCUGUGGAUGAAGUGAAUAGAGGCUAUAUAAAUGCAGGCGAACGGCUCUAUCAACUGAAAGCCCUGCAGGACAAUACACGUGCAGCUGAAUACUUGAAAUUAGCACGCGAAUUGCCUGGGUAUGGGGAAAUAGUAUUUCCACACUGUUCGUGCGACUCUAGGAAGGAUGGCCAUGUUAUUUUAUCAAUAGGCAUUAGUGGAAUCAAGCUUCAUGCAUGCUUGGAAGAUGGUGUUUUGGAAAGCCAAGUGGUGGUUUUAGAGUGGGAUUGUGUAAGGCAAUGGGAAAUUGAUGAGGAAGGCAUGGCGUUCUGUCUCAAGUACAACAGACAAGACAAAACCCCUCGAUGGCUGAAAAUAUUUACACCCUAUCAUCAGUAUCUUCUCGACUGUUUCGAGAAGGUAAUAGAAGAAAGUAAAUGGUUGGACACUGGUGAUUGAUUCUAGUGCCAUGAUUGGUUCUACGUUUGAUUCUUGGUAUUUUUUUCAUUUAUUAAAUCGGGAACACUGAAAUUAUGCGAAUAUUUCCCUUAACUUAAUGCGCAUAUCGUUGAAACUUGAUUUAAUUCUGUUUAAUACUCGUUUCUUGACAAUUAUUUAAAUACGCGGAGAUUAAGCUCAAAGCAUUUCUCUGUUCUAGGCAGUUGAGCAGUCGUUACUAGUUCUUGGGCAAAAUGGUUUCCUUUCCUAUGUAGGUAAUUUAGUCUAUUAGAUACAAAAGUACUACUUCUAAGACGUUUCUAAAAAUAAAUGCAAAGUGAUGCAACCAACCAGAGAUCAGAUCUAAACGGGGAAAGUGUGUGAUAAGUUUCAGUUAACUUUACUGUGAUAUACGAGGUUUCUUAGUGAAAUGAAUGGUCAGGAUUUGUGACUUAUUUAAUGGUUUAAUGCCUCCUAAAAGAGGUAAGUUUUUCUUCGUGAAACAAUAUGAAAUAGAUUUAGUUCCGCUAAAUUAUUCAGUAUUUGCCGCCGUUUUGUUGGAUCUCAAUCAGUUGAAAGACACAUACAGGGGCUUCAAAUUAUACCUGUCGAUGGCAUUUGAAAAUCCUGCAUUUUAUGAAAAACUAACUGGUCUUCUGAUAGUAAAAUGUCUUAGAUUUUUCAUUUCACCACCGAAAAGCAGUAUUUGGUUGCAUCACGCCGUGUUGAACGUGUACAAGUAAAACAUUUGCCCGAAUUCAUAAAUAGCUCUCUGCAUGUUAUAAAAUAGUAGUCAAUAUUAUUAUGUGAAGACUAUAAACGUUUAGUCAAUUUUGAAACUGCGUUAGAUAAUUGAAGGGGAUUUGCUUCAAUUUCCUUCUAUUGUUAAUGUUAAAAACAACUUUCUAUUCCUGUUUUUGCUCCAAUUUUCACUCUUUCAACAAAAAAGCUCUUCCUAUCAUAUGUAUUAUACAGCUAUGAAUAGCAUAAAAGUAGUUAAUCAACAAAUAAAUUUAAAUAGUCCAGAACUAUGAGUAAUAGAUAAAAAGAAUAGUCGAAUUUUAAGCCAUUUACACAUCAUUGCAUCUUACGGAUCAUGACGAAUAAUACAAAAUCAUUCUUGGAAAAUAGACUAACAAAAUCACAGGGUUUUGAUAAUUUUUUAAAAAUUGUUGAAACUACCCAGAAAAAGUGGGAUUUGUUUGUUGCAAAUUGGUUUUCCUGUUAAGUAGUUGCCUGGUUUAAAUGAAUAUUUGAAAGGUCUAUUCACAAACGGCUAUUUAAGCUCCCGAAACUCUAAACGCUAAAAAGAAAAACGGCGUUAGCAACAGCGAAUUAUUCAUUAACAUUCUAGAUUGCGUUUUUGAGGAUCUUUGCCAAGUAAAAUCGAAUUAUUGCCCACUUUUAAAGCAUCUUGUAUUCGGACAUUAUUUUCAAUAAGGCAAUGAUUUGCCAAGGCUGGAUGGUCCUUUAUUACAUACUCUCCUUAAAACCGUGGUAAAAUAAUGAUUAUUUUACAAGAAAUUAAAUUCGUCUUUGAGAUUGUGAUUUUACGUAUUGAGCUGUGAAAGUAAGCAGUGAAAAUCUGCGUGCCAUGACCAAAAUGGCAUACGGAAUUUAAUUUAUUUAUCCGUUUUUCGAACAAUACUAAUUGAAUAGGUGGAUUAAUUAUGUCAUUUUGAACCUAAAACUCGUAACAUCAUAUGUAUUUUAUUACUUCUGUAUUGUUGAACAUUGAAGGACAUUUGCAUAAAGUUAAAAAAUAAAGUGGGAAACUACUGGAAGGUAGAUAAAGGGGUGAUUGGAUUGAUUAAAUUGGAGCCAACGCUUAGGCUGAGAUCAAUUGAGUUUAGAUUUGCGUGUUGGCACCGAAUUUUUUGUUGUUAAAAACCCGUGCUUAUCAAGGGAAUUUUCACUAAUUCUCACUAAUUAAAUAAUAAUUUUCACUAAUUAAAUUUUUACUAAUUUUAUCGGCUCUGUAAAAUUUGUGAAACCCAAAGAUGCAAAUUGUAUACUUUUUUUUAGGAAAAUCCGAAAAAGGUCAUCGGUAUUUGUGCAUAACAAAUUUGCUGUUUGUUUAAUUUUUGCAGGAGCAAUUUUUUCUAGAGCGUAAUUUCCAAGACGAGUAGGUUUAUUUUUCAUGUUUGUUCUUCAUCGCCACUCGCGCGAUUUUGGCUUUUAAUGGUAAUUUUUUUUUGGUUUUUUGCCGUUUUUGUCUUUCUUCGGACUAAUUUUUUUGCCAAUUUAGUUGGUUUCGUGCCUUUUCCCGUUUUUCGCUCUAUUGCAACUGUAUUCCCAUCAGGAACUUCUUUUUAAAUUCGCUCAGAUAAUCACCUCCUGAGGAUUGGCCACGUUCUUAAAUAUCACCCUGUAUAAUGAAUACGCUGUAAAAUAUUUUGAAAUUAUUAACUUUGAUAAAACCGCAUUAAUUUUGUAUAAUUUAUAUAAAAAACAGCUUUUGCAAGUUUUCCAACUUGAUUUUACUUUAUGCUUAUGCCUUCCGUUUUGUAGUUCUCCAUUGCCGAAUAAUUUGGAGAAAUAGACGAACAAGUAAAUUUUAACUCUAGCAUUUUUAAUAAGAAUACGAAUAUUAUUCACGUUUGUAUUAGUUGUACUUUUUAAAUGAAAUUAAAUUAUUUGACUGUUGCAUGUAUUAUGGAAAAAGUGUUAGUAAAUUGAUUGAUUAAUUGCACAAAAUCAGUGUUAAGUUUAUUAUAGUCUGAUAGCUGGAUUAUAUACGAUUAUUAAGCAACUA